AUGAAGCAUUUUUCUCUAAAUACAUUAUUGUGCACAAUUGUUGUGGCUUCAAUUUCAAUAGCACCAUGUGAAUGCGAUGACAAACUCAUAACAGAUACGUGCAGCAAGACACCAAACCCUCCCCUAUGUGUUAGUUACAUAAAAACUGAUUAUAAAAGCAAGGAUGUUAAGGAUGUUCCAGGCCUUGGAAUAAUCGUGGCACAAAUUUUUGAACUCAAAGCAAAAGUUCCCAAAGACAUUCUCUUCUUAAUGCUUUCGGUGGGAAAGAAUCCAGACAUUCAGGUUCAGAUGAAAGCUUGUUUUGGAAGUUACAGUUUUCUUAUCUACACUGCUAUGCCUGCAACCAUUAAUGCAUUCCAAGUUGGAAAACCCCGUUUGGCUGAAGGUUAUGCUAACACUGCUGCAAUUGGGGUUAGUGAUUGUGAGAAAAGCUUCAAUGGCAAAUCGCCAAUCCACGCUGAUAACAUUAUUACUCAUGAUAUUGCUCUCAUCCUACUAGGUAUCGCUAAACAAUUAUAGAAUAUAUGGUUCAAUUAUUAAAUAAUGAA